UCAUUUUACUAUUUACCUUAUUGCUAAGACUCAUAUAAAAGUAGUAAUGAAUGUUUAUGUCAUUGUUCGUCGCUCAUUGGUUUGUUGCACACCGUUUUAAGUUUGUGAUUUUCCUGACUAAGUCAACGUGCACACGGCACGCGUUUUCUUUGAUAGCACUUUAUAACAACGAUAUCACAGUCAAACGAUUCAGUCUCCGGACAACAUUCUUGUGCUGACAGUGCUUCUCCAAGCUCACCUCCAACCGUGUAAUAAUGGCUCCCGUCGAGAAGAACCUGAAAGAUGAACAGCCCAAAUACUUGAAGGGUGACAUCAAGGCGUCAGCGCUAGAAUUGAUUGGUAACACGCCCAUUGUGGCAUUGGACCGCCUUUACAGUGGCCCUGGGAGAAUAUUGGCGAAAUGUGAGUUCAUGAAUCCUGGUGCAUCAAUCAAGUGCCGUUCAUCGUUAAGCAUGAUUAACCGUGCUAUAAAAUCUGGUGAUCUGAAACCUGGUGAACCUGUGGUGGAAAUUACCUCUGGCAACCAAGGAUGUGGCCUGGCUGUGGUGUGCGCUGUGUUGGGACAUCCUCUAACACUGGCUAUGUCCAAAGGCAAUAGCGUUCAGAGGGCGCUUCAUAUGGAAGCUCUUGGUGCGAAAGUAGUUCGAGUGGAUCAAGUUAAAGGAACCUAUGGAAAUGUGACAUAUGCUGACGUUGAAGUCGUUCGGGAAGUAUGUGAUAAGUUGGUGGAGGAACAGAACGCCUACUUCGUUAACCAGUUCAGCAAUGAAGCAAAUGCAGAUGCUCAUUAUGAAAGCACAGGUCCUGAGAUCUGGCAGCAGACUGGACACCACGUAGAUGCUUUUGUAGCAGCAGUCGGCACUGCUGGUACAUUUAUGGGCACAUCGAGAUAUUUGAAAGAACAAAACCCCAACAUAAAAGCAUACGUGGUCGAGCCAGCUGGAGCAGAAGCUAUUGCAGGCUGUGAAAUCACGAAGCCUCUUCACUUACUUCAAGGAUCAGGAUAUGGAUUAAUACCCGACUUGCUUAAAUAUGAACUUAUGGAUGGUUCAUUGAGUGUAACUGAUGAGGAAGCAGUGAAGUACAUGAAGUUGAUCGGUGAGAAGGAAGGUCUGUACGUGGGCUACACGAGCGGUGCCAACGUAGCGGCUGCUAUCAAACUGUUGGAAUCAGGCUUGGUGCCAGAGGAUGCGUGGGUGGUCACAGUACUGGCUGACACUGGACUCAAAUAUACGCCAGUACCAGAGGAAUUAAUGAAGUGAAAAGUGACAGUGCAAUAACUGUUUGUGAUGUGUAUCGUGUAGUAAACAUCGUGUGACAUUAAUAUCUAUAGUAUAAAGUAUUUUGUGAUAUUAUUUUACUUAUCAUAGGUUUAUUAAGUCGUGUAUUUAAUGAUAAGUGAUAAACUCCUAAGCAAGGUAAGAAAUGGAUCAAAAUGUUUUAAACAAUUUGGUAAUUUUAUAAAUAAAUCUAAUGUGUGAAGCA